AUGCGGGCCGGAUCAAAAUUUGCAAGUGGCCAGAUUAGGCCCGCGGGCCUCGACUUUGACACACGUGAUGUAGAGCGAGGCGAUCGUUAUAGCGAAUACAACCCCGACAGGGGGGACAUGGAAUGGGUGACGUAUAAACCCGACGUCAACACCUCCUUGUGGCUUGAACCCUGUAACCCCGGUAACACCUCCUGUCUGCCUGAAGGUCCAGGAGCGCCGCGUCCGUACUACGGCGCGACUCAUCUGGUCCUCAUCGCCGUGGCAUCGGGCUCCCUCAGCGCCGUCACGGUGCUGGGCAACGCGCUGGUGAUCCUGUCCAUCAAAGUGAACCGCCGCCUGCGCACCAUCAAUAACUACUUCCUGCUGAGCCUGGCGGCGGCCGACCUGGUCAUCGGCUUGCUCUCCAUGAACGUUUACACGCUGUACGUGCUGCUGGGCCGCUGGCCGCUCGGCGCCGCCCUCUGCGACUUGUGGCUGGUUCUGGACUACGUGGUGAGCGCCGCCUCCGUGCUAAACCUGCUCGUCAUCUGUCUGGACCGCUACCUCUGCAUGACGCGCCCGCUCAGCUACCCCGCAAGACGGACACGCGGCACGGCGGCCGCAAUGAUCGGCGGUGCCUGGCUGCUGUCCUUGGCACUCUGGGCGCCCGCCAUUCUGUGCUGGCAGACGCGCGGCGGCCGGCGCGUGGUCGCAGACGGAGAGUGUUACGCUCAUCUCCUCGCCAGCCCCGCUGUCACCUUGGCGACGACGCUUCCUUCUUUCUACCUGCCGGCGCUCGUCAUGGUCGGCCUGUACUGCCGGCUCUCCGCAGCCAGCCACAGCCGACUGAGCGCGCUCCAGACAGAGCGGGGAACGCUUCGGACGUCCAGUCCGUCCGUUAGAGACUUCCUAUUGAAACGACACAGCUGGGUGACCUCUGACCUCGGCUCGGACCUACCGCUGAACCAAGAAUCCAGCAUCUCGAAGCCCGGAGGGAGCCGUAAAGCGUCCAGAAGUCACCCUCAGACCGUCACCGCCGCUCGCCACGCUGUGGACGAAGAUGACAACAAGAUGGAGAUGGAUUCCUCGUCCACUAACGAGGACCUGCACCGCACGGCGUCCGCGGCAUUCGCCAGCUGCCCCAGCCUCCGUUCUCAGGAGAGACGACGGCGCCGCGUGAUGGCGAGGGAACGCAGGGUCACCAAGACCAUCCUGGCCAUCCUGCUGGCCUUCAUCGUCACCUGGACGCCGUACAACGUCAUGGCCGUGGUGGCGGCGUUCUGCCACGUGUGCAUCCCGCUCGAGCUGUGGAUCGCCGGGUACUGGCUGUGCUACGUCAACAGCGCCAUCAACCCCGCCUGCUACGCUCUGUGCAACGUCACCUUCAGGAAGACGUUCUGCAGACUGCUGCGCUGCCGCGGCAACAAGCACCGAUGACACGGCAACAAGCUGCGCUGACACGGCAACAAUCAGAGAUGCCGCGGCAACAAGCAGCACUGCCGCGGCAACAAGCAGCAAUGACACUGCAACAAGCUGAGAU